UGCUCUUUCCUCUGUCUCUGCCUGUUACACUCUAUUCUCUUUUCCUUUUCUGUUCUGUCCUCAGUCUCUACUUGUGACACUUUAUUCUCUUCUCUUUCUGGUCUCUCCUCUGUAUUUCCAUGCUACACGCUAUUCUAUAUUCCUUUUCUGUUCUUUCCUCUGCCUGUUAUACUCUAUUCUCCUCUCCCUUUCUCUUUUUUAUCUGUCUUUCCAUGAGACUCUAUUUUCUUCUCCCAUUCUGUUUUUUCCUCUGUCUCUACCUGUGACACUCUAUUCUCUUCUCUUUCUGGUCUCUCCUCUGUCUUUCCAUGUGACACGCUAUUCUAUGUUCCUUUUCUGUUCUUUCCUCUGUCUUUACCUGUGACACUCUAUUCUCUUUUCCUUUUCUAUUCUUCCGCUGUCUUUCCCUGUGACACUUUAUUCUCUUCUCCCUUCCCCUCUCUUCUUUCCUGUUUCACUCCUCCUCUCCCCCCUACAAAGGGCUGUGCUUGCAUUUGGCUGGCACGUAGAGGAGCCAGACACUGUGUAAGGUAAGAGCAGACACAGGAGGAGAGGCUCACAAGUGACAAGGUGCUGGAAUGAGCGGACUGGGUGACCCACAGACAUGCUCCACUUAGCAGCACCCAUCCUGCCAGACCUGGGAUCCAGCUGAGCCCUGAGGAACAAGAUCCAUCAGCUAAAUCCAUGUCGGAGCCUGAUGACUUUGCUGGCCUUGCCGGCCCCUGGAAUUCAUCUGAAUUCAGCCUAUUCAGCCCGGCGAGUAUUGUGGUCCCAGUGAUCUUCUCUCUCAUCUUCUUGCUUGGGACUGUGGGGAACAGCUUGGUGCUUGCCGUGCUCCUAAGAAGCGGGCAAAGGACACACAACACAACCAAUCUGUUUAUACUCAAUCUCAGCGUAGCCGAUGUAUCCUUCAUCAUCUUCUGCGUGCCCUUCCAGGCUACCAUCUAUUCCUUGGAGGACUGGGUAUUUGGGGCUUUCAUGUGCAAAGCUGUGCACUUCUUUAUCUAUCUCACCAUGUAUGCCAGUAGUUUCACCCUCGCCGCUGUCUCUGUUGACAGGUACCUGGCAAUUCGUUACCCCCUACGCUCCCGUGAACUUCGGACUCCAUGCAAUGCAAUUGCCACCAUGGCUAUAAUAUGGGGCCUCUCUGUGGUGUUUGCUGGUCCCUAUCUGAGUUACUAUGACUUAAUGGACUAUGAGUCCAGUCAUAUCUGCAUGCCGGGCUGGAAGGAGAGGACACGUAAGAUAAUGGAUACCGGCACAUUCAUUGUGGGUUAUGUGAUCCCCGUUCUCAUUGUAAGCCUGUCUUACACCAGGACUAUUAAGUACUUAUGGACAGCAGUUGACCCACUGGAGGAUAUGUCAGAGUCCAAAAAAGCCAAGAGAAAGGUGACCAAGAUGAUCAUUAUUGUCACUGUCCUCUUCUGUCUUUGCUGGCUUCCUCACCAUGUUGUGGUCAUGUGCUACCUAUAUGGUGACUUCCCUUUCAACCAAGCCACGUAUGCCUUCCGCCUGCUCUCUCAUUGCAUGGCCUACGCCAAUUCUUGCCUCAAUCCCAUCGUCUAUGCCUUGGUUUCGAAGCACUUCCGUAAAGGGUUUCAGAAGGUCUUCAGCUGUCUGCUGAGGAAGAAAGGUCGGAAUAAAGUCCAUGUGGUCAAUGCAGCCCAUGCCGAACCAGGGUUUGACGCAGCUUCUUCUGAAAUGUCUCACAUUAAUGAUGACAAUGGAAAAAAGAAUGGACAUCAUGCAGGAGGAAAUCAUUCUGAUUCAUCAAGACCAUUGGGUACACCUUGACAGUUUCUCUAAACCAU